GUGUUUGUAUUUAGUGUCUCUACUCUCCAAGAAUAAAGAUACAGAGAGAGAGAGAGAGCGAGAGAGAGAGAGAGAGAGAGAGAGAGAGAUGGGGAGGAGUCCAUGUUGCUCCAAGGAAGGACUCAACCGAGGAGCCUGGACGGCCUUGGAAGACAAAAUUCUCACAGCUUACGUUAAAGGUCAUGGAGAAGGCAAAUGGAGAAACCUCCCCAAGAGGGCUGGUUUGAAGAGAUGUGGUAAGAGCUGUAGACUUAGAUGGUUAAAUUACUUGAGACCAGACAUCAAGAGAGGUAACAUAUCCCGUGAUGAAGAAGAACUCAUUAUUAGGCUCCACAAGCUUCUUGGUAACAGAUGGUCUCUAAUAGCUGGAAGGCUACCUGGGCGAACAGACAAUGAAAUCAAGAACUAUUGGAACACCACUCUGGGAAAGAAAGUUAAUGCACAAUCAACUUCGCCACAGUCCAAACAUGAUACUGCUACCUAUUCUAGGCAGAAAAGGCUAACCACUGAACCCAACUCCAACAAAGCCUCAAACUCACCACAGCCAGCCAAAGUCAUCCGCACCAAGGCCACCAGGUGCACCAAAGUCCUCAUCCCAUUACAGUCUUCACCUCUGCAGCCUGAAUUUCACACCCUCAACCCAACAGCCAACAGCGACAGACUACCUCAAACUUUCUCGCCAAAUCAUCCUAAUCAAGAUUUCGAUUCUUCUCGACUACUCCACUCUGGAACAUUUACUAAUCAGGACCUUCAUCAGGAUUACGAUCAUGAUUUAGAUUUCUUGAAUCUUGACUGUCAUGAAUUUCAAGCAAGCCAUGGAGAUGGUGCUCUAGUGGACUAUAAUUACAAGGAAAAUUUAUCCAUGGGUCUUGAUCAUCAUCAGUCCGUACCCUUAGAGGAGCCUACAAUGUUCAACGACUGGGUCACCAGUACUUGUCUCGACGACAAUGCCAAUUUGGACCUUGAAUCCUUAGCAGUUUUGCUCGAGUCUGAGGAAUGGGCACUACAGUAGUUAACCAUAAAGAAAGACUGUCUUAUAAUAUAGAAGAAAAAUAAAUAAAUUUGUGAAUAAAUAACUAUAUAUUAGCAUCAACUGUUGCAUGUCACUUGUAGAAUUUGAAGUAACCAAUUAGUAAUUAACUAGCAUGUUGACAUUGAAAAUUUCUUGGCGGGCAAUAUUUUUCUUAUUGUAAUGAAAUUUCAAAAUAAUAACAAGAAAUUCUUACAA